GGGGGCGAGGGGGGGGAGCGGCAGCGGCGGCGCUGCUCGGUGGCGACGGGCGGCUGAGGAGGCGCCGGAGGGAGGAGGCUGCGGGCAGCAGGACGUGAAAAUCUGAGAAAUGAACAAAUUACGGCAAAGCUUUAGGAGAAAGAAAGAUGUCUAUGUCCCAGAGGCCAGUAGGCCUCAUCAGUGGCAGACUGAUGAAGAAGGCGUUCGUACUGGCAAGUGUAGCUUUCCUGUUAAGUACUUGGGACAUGUUGAAGUGGAUGAAUCCAGAGGAAUGCAUAUCUGUGAAGAUGCUGUGAAGAGACUGAAAUCUCUACCUACAGUAAUAGCGCUCGACUUGUCCCCCCUGUUCCUCCAGGAAAGGAAGUUCUUCAAAGGCUUCUUUGGAAAAUCUGGGAAGAAAGCCGUUAAAGCAGUCCUGUGGGUUUCAGCGGAUGGACUCAGAGUUGUAGAUGAGAAAACAAAGGAUCUUAUAGUUGAUCAGACAAUAGAGAAGGUUUCUUUCUGCGCACCAGACAGGAACUUUGACCGGGCAUUCUCAUACAUCUGUCGAGAUGGCACAACAAGACGCUGGAUAUGCCACUGCUUUAUGGCUGUAAAGGACACGGGGGAAAGGUUGAGUCAUGCCGUGGGCUGUGCAUUUGCAGCAUGCCUGGAGCGAAAGCAGAAGCGAGAGAAGGAGUGUGGAGUGACUGCCACCUUUGAUGCCAGCAGAACCACAUUCACUAGAGAGGGGUCAUUCAGGGUCACUACAGCUACUGAACAAGCAGAGAGAGAGGAAAUUAUGAGACAGAUGCCGGAUGCUAAAGCAGUUGAAACAGAAGUGAAAACAGUAGCACCAGGUGCUGCACCAAACAAUACUGCCCCCUCUUCUGGCUCACCAACCUCUCCUACUGCUGAAGUUGCUGCCUCUCUGGAUAAAGAAAUGAGCAAUCCCCACGCUAUUCCACGGAGGCAUGCCCCUAUAGAACAGCUUGCCAGGCAAGGGUCUUUCAGGGGCUUCCCUGCCCUUAGCCAAAAGAUGUCUCCUUUUAAACGCCAGUUGUCUUUGCGAAUAAAUGAGCUGCCUUCAACGGUGCAAAGGAAGACCGAUUUCCCCAUGAAAAACUCAGUCCCUGAGGUAGAAGGGGAAACAGACAGCAUUAGUGCCCUGUGCUCUCAGAUCACCAGUGCUUUCAGCACACCAUCAGAAGACCCCUUCUCUUCAGCCCCCAUGACAAAACCAGUGACAGUAGCCGCACCACAGUCUCCUGCCUUUCAAGUUAAUGGCACUGCCUCUGCCUUCUGUGUGCUUGCUGCUAAACCAUCCCAAGCUGCUGUAGUGUCCACAGCUAUGCCAGUUCGUGAAACCAAUCCUUGGGCUCAUGCUCCUGCUGCUAAUACUGGAGCUGCAGCCAUGGUUGCUGGCACCGAAUGGAGCAGCACCUCCUCAGGUGCAGCCUCACCAAGUCUCUUCCAAGGAAAUCACAGACGUACCCCCUCAGAGGCAGACCGCUGGUUGGAAGAGGUCUCAAAGACUGUCAGAGCCCAACAGCAGCCAACCCCAACCCCAGCCCCACAGCCACUCCUACAGCCUCCUCCAGCAGCUUCCCAGUCAGCACCAGCCUUCCCGGUUAGCACCUUCAUUGCACCUCAGCCUGUGCCGGUGGGUGUCGUACCACCCAUGCAGCCAGCAUUUAUUCCGGCUCAGCCCUAUGCUGUAGCAAACGGGAUGACCUAUGCAGCCCCAAGCGUACCUGUGGUCGGAAUCACACCUUCCCAGAUGGUAGCCAAUGUCUUUGGUACUGCAGGCCACGCUCCAUCAGCCCAUCCGCAUCAGUCACCCAGUCUUGUCAAACAGCAGACGUUCCCUCAGUAUGAAAGCAACAGUGCUACGACCAGCCCUUUCUUCAAUCCACCUGCGCAGCACAACGGCUCUGCAGCUUUCAACGGAGUUGACAGUGGCAAACGGGCUGCAGAGGACAAGCAUUCGCAGCCUCCCGCAGCUGCUCCGCAGGUAGACCCGUUUGAAGCACAAUGGGCAGCACUAGAGAGCAAGGCAAAGCAGCGCACUAAUCCCUCUCCAACUAACCCCUUCUCAAGUGAUUUACAGAAGACAUUUGAGAUUGAACUUUAAGCAGUCCUGUGGGGUGUGGAUAAAUUGUACAUUAGGAUAGAGGGAUAAAGGGAGCAGAGGGGACUGUUACUGAUCAGUUUGCUUUGAUAAUCCCAAAGGUCCCUUCAAACAAAAAUGGGUUAGAAAGAGGGAGCAAUUAUGGGGAGGAUAUAAACAUACAAGAAUUUAAUGUGCAGUUCUUAAAAGGAAUCCUGGAGCCACCCCAGUCUGCAUUCCUUCCUCACUUGGAAAGCUGGAAGUCAAACAGAGCAAAGAAAGGCACCCAGUCCCAAAGCCUCGUCUGCAGAAACAUCCAUUAUCUCACAGAAAGGAAGGCAGAUUUUCUACUUGUGUCCUUCUCAUGCCCUGUGAGUCCUGGACGUUCCCCCUCAGGGAAAAUGGGGUAGGGUGGGGGGGUGGAUAUGGGUGGGAGAUUGUCACCUGCUUAGCAAAAGCUAGGUUUGUGGAAAAAGUUGAGCUUCCAUUUUGAGUAACAAAGUGAAUAUUAUAUGUAAAGAAUAAAGUAAAGCCAAAAUCUUUAUUUUUAUGCAUUUAGAAUAUUUUAAAUAGUUGGAUAUUAAAAGCUGUAUGAGUUGUAAGUAAUCUUGCCAAAGGUUAAAAAAAAGGGGGUUGGAUGUAAGAAAUUGUACAUAAGAUUGAUUUAUCUCUGAUUCUUAUUGUAAGUAAUAUUGGGGGGGAUGGAAAAAGGGGCUCUAGCUUGUUCUUGUAUCUGUUCAUUGUAAGUAGCAUAUUGCAACAACAAUCACAACCAAUAAGUCAUUAUAUCGUAGUUUUAAAUAAAGAAAAUUAAAGAACAGUAUUGUCAUGGUUUGAAAACCAUGGGGAAAAUUUACUGGUUUUUAUCAGAAUCAAGCUACAUAUUAUAUAUAGUAUGUUUUUUUCCUUUUACGUAUUGCUGCAGUUUCUUUGUCUUAAUCUAUUGGUUCUAACACUACUGUGACAACUUACUGUAAUCAUAUCUACAGCCUGGGGCUACCUGGGAAACCAUUUUAUGUUUGUCUGUCAAUAGAUCAUAGAGGUUUUUAACUUUGGUUGGUUUGGGUUUUUUUUCCACUGAUUGUGAAACCUUGUGGUAAACGCUGCAGCUGGUCCAGGUUUUGCCUCUGGUGACUUGUGAAAACCAUCUCAUUUUAACUUUACUUUUAAACUUUGGCCUUACAAGCAAAUGUAAGUUAUAUAUAUUUGUACUGAUGAUUUAUAACCUGCUUUAACAGAAAUAAAUGUUGGUGGUAGAA